AUGUCUACAAUAUCUCUGAGAAAUUUGAGUCCUCCAAUUUGUAGGGGUUCAAAGGUUCUUGACAAGUCGGCUUUUACCGUUAAAUUUAAGGUAUGGUCCAUUCUUUUUAGAGAUCCAAAGCAUAUCGGACAAUUCUUGAAAAAGUUCAAUAAGGAAUCGAUAAGUAUACCUAGAAUUCCAUUUAUAGAUUGCUUGAAUACAAAAUCAUCAGCAGGUAAAGAACUUUUAUCUUUGGGCGUUAAGAAUAAAGCGUUAAAAGUGAUAAUUUUAACGGACAAGUUGAGUGUCACGGAGAAGGAUAAGGAAGAAGAACCAAAGAGUAUAAGGUAUACUCCAGAAAAGUUGAAUGAUGCUUUAUCGGAGGAAUGCAUUGGCUUUAUCAAAGAUUCUGAUGCCAUAUAUCGUAUACACGAACUUACUUUUGGAUACGACUUUUGGAAAGCGGAGGAGAUUUUGAAAGCUGUACUACCAGAAAAUCUGUUGGAUGACGUUCCGACAUCUUUCACAAAAGCCGGCCAUUUGGCACAUUUGAACCUUCGCGACGAAUAUAAGCCGUAUGAUUCAGUGAUAGGGCAGGUGAUAUUGGAUAAAAAUCCAACGAUUACCACUGUUGUGGACAAAGUUGAUACUGUUGGCAAUAAGUUCCGUACAUUCAAGAUGAAGGUCAUUGCUGGAGAACCAAACUUUAUGGUCACACAGCGUGAAAGUGGAUGUGACUUUACAUUCGACUUCAGUAAAGUUUACUGGAAUUCACGUCUUUCAACAGAGCACGGCCGCUUAAUUAAAGGAUUCAAACCUGGGACGGCGAUCUGUGACGUAAUGGCCGGUGUUGGUCCAUUUGCUAUACCAGCUGGGAAAAAAGAGUGCUUUGUCUUUGCAAAUGACUUGAAUCCAGAGAGCUAUAAAUAUUUAAAACAGAAUAUCCAGUCGAACAAGACUUCUAGCAGUGUGAUACCAUUCAAUAUGGAUGGUGCACAACUGAUAAAGGACUCACCCAAGGUGCUUAUGGAUUAUGUCAAGGAGCACCCCACGAUAAGGACGGUUUCACAUCCAAAUGGACAUGCAAAAAGAAGAAAAGUCAGCGAACUUAAGGUGCCACAUUUUUUCUCCGAAUAUGCUAUGAAUCUUCCUGGAUCAGCAAUUACAUUUGUACCAGCAUUUGUCGGUCUUUUCUCUCAUGCUUUUUCAGGAAUGUCAAAGGAAGAAAUACAAUCGCUCCCUGACUAUAAACUUCCUAUAAUUCAUGUGUAUCAUUUUGAGAAAUUUUCGCCAACUGAAAAGCCAGAACCAUCCGAGGAAGAGCUGUUCUCAAGAAUUCACAAGAAGAUAUCGAAUUAUCUUAAUUACGACAUACCUUUUGAAAAGCUGUCAUUUCACUUGGUUAGAAAGGUUGCACCAACCAAACCAAUGUACUGUAUUUCAUUUGAGCUUCCAGAGGAAGUUGCUUUUGCCUGA